GAACUCAUCAAACUAUGUAUCUUGAUAUAUCACUCAUUGGUACACCAAACCCAUGGUAUCUUUUGAAUGAUAUACCCGUUAGUGUUUCAGCAGCUAAUGCAGUAUUUGAUGAUAAUAAUACUGUAUAUUUGAUUAAUCUCAAUAUGAUAUAUGCUUAUAAUAUAUCUAAUAAUCAAUGGUAUCCAACGGGUUCAAAUGGUGUUGAUGGGUCUACUCGUAAUUAUAUUAAUAUGGUACAGAUUCCUGUUUAUGAUACAAUAUCGGGAAAUUGGUCGGCUGUGAAUGCAGUUGGUGACAUUAUUCAAGGACGCGAAUUAUUUACGGCAGUACUAGCACCAGAUGGCAAUAUUAUAAUUUAUGGUGGAAAUAAUAUUAAAUAUUCCCCUAUUCCAACAAUGGCAACGUUAAAUACAAAUACCUCACCAUACACAUGGACCGCUAAGCAAAUUGGACAAGAUGCUCCACAAUACAUAACUGGCCACGUGGCAGCAAUAAAUGGAACUCAUAUGAUAAUUGCACUUGGCGCUACCUCUAGUAAUGGGACCUUUGAUUUCACAACUAGUAAUGCUAUUAUUAAUCAUCUUAAUUAUAAUAUAUAUGCCCUUAGCAUACAAAACAGCGUGUGGUCGUUAAAUUCAACUACACAUACUCAAACAGCUACUCAAACACCUACCCCAUUUUCACCCUCUUCAUCUAAUAUAGGUGCUAUUAUGAUUGAGAAUGUUGCAACAGUUGCAUAUUUGACAAUCAUACUGAUAAUUGAGAAUGUCGAGGUAAUUACAGAUUCAGAAAAACAUCCUCCAUCAAAAGAAGGAGCUACACAAGAUGAAAAACAAGAGCCAACUACCGGUAUUAUCGAAAGUUUAAAAGCAACUGUUCCUACUGUUUAUGCUUCAGAUAUAGAGAGGGAAAAAGAAGGAGCUAAACAAGUCUAUGGAGCAGUAAAUACGGUUGCUGAUGUAACAGAUCCAGUAGGAGGUGCAGCUGUGAGAACUGGUCAGUAUGUUGCAGGAUCAGCAGGAGAGGGUAUUGGUAAAAUGUCUGGUAAUCAAGAUUUAAAAGAUGUUUCCGAAGUUGUCAAGGAUGGGUCUCUUGAACCAUACAGAGGAUUCAUUAAAUCUAUGAAAUAG